GAAUUCUGGGUGUCCUCGAUGAAGGGGAUCUAAAGAAGUCGCAUAAAGUUCCUUCUUCAUCUUGCUGUGGGCUUUCUAGCUCCCUGUGCCUUACCUCCUGGCAAUUUCUUUGAACUCACCUCUUGGAGUCGGGAGUGUGGAUAGCUCCUUGGUAUCCUGCAGAGACACGUUAAAGGGUGGGGGGGAUUAUGGGAGGUAGAGUGAGGUGGGGGUGGAAGAGCCGCCUACUGCUGGAAGCUGCUUGUCCUGACCGCAUGCUCCUAGGCACAGCGCUUUUCCUGGUCUGGCCUGGGUGUUUUGCCUUUAAGAGCUCCCCUGUGUUUUGGGGGUAGUAAUGGACUGUGUGUGCUGACCCUGGUGCGCAUGUUCAGGGUAGUGACGCCGCAGCUCCAUGUGUAAGAAGCGCAUUAUUUGGCAACCGGAGGAGCGGCGGAGAAGAGGAUUAGAGGGAUCCCCGCCUGAGGGAAAGUUGGGGGUGGUGGUGGUGGUUGGGGGAAAGCCGAAGAACGUACCCGUUAAAAGAAAAAAAAAAGAAUCCAAACCGCCCAAACCUGUCUUGAGCUGCAUUUUAGUGUCUUCGUAGGGUUCAACGACAGACCAAAGUUAUCUUUUCGCUUAGAUUUCAUCUAUGGCCAACUGAUGUAGCCAAGAGUUACUGCACACAGAAGCCAGUAUAAUUCCAUUCUCUUGGGUACUAUCCCUCCUAAGCACCAUUAGUCAGAGGAAGGCACAGAGGUGAGGAAACUGAGGCACAAAGAAAGAGAAUGCUUCAACAGAGACCAUAUAUCUCGUUAAUCACUGAGACAGACCGGAGCCCAGGUCUCCUGGCUUCCUUCCAAUGGUGUUUCCAUUAUGAUAUGCUAACCUCUUAAGUAUACCAUGAACUUCAGAAUGACCGAGGAAGCAUGCAGAACACGGAGUCAAAAGCGAGCACUUGAACGUGAGACAACCGUAAAUGAUGUGGAUAGUAAAAAAAUAAAGAUGGAGAAAGGAUUACUGGGAUCAGACCACAAGACUGAAAGUGAUUUGAAAAUGAAGUCUGAGCCUGGAACAGCCAAGGUCCAAGGAUUACUAAAAGGAGGGGAAGUUAAGGCAACUAUUAAGGUGGAAGUACAGACAAGUGAUGAGCCAGUGGAUAUGAGUACCUCAAAAAGUGAUAUGAAGCCAGAGAAGAGAGUUCCUUCACCUGAUAUUAUAGUGUUAUCAGACAAUGAGCCUUCAAGCCCUAGAAUGAAUGGCUUAACAAAAAUACCACUAAAAGAGACCAACACCGAAGCCCUCAUGAAAAGCAGCCCAGAAGAGCGAGAGAGAAUGAUCAAACAGCUUAAAGAAGAGUUACGAUUAGAAGAAGCAAAACUAGUGUUGUUGAAAAAGCUGAGACAGAGUCAGAUACAAAAGGAAGCCACUACCCAGAAGCCUGCUGGCUCCUCUGGGAAUGCUGUGGCCACCCCUCCCCCCUUGGUACGGGGAACACAAAACAUUCCUGCUGGCAAGCCAUCUCUUCAGGCCUCAUCUACCAGAAUACCAAGCAAUGUUAUUCCCCCUCCUCUGGUGCGUGGAGGCCAACAGACAUCUUCAAAGCUGGGGUCUCAGCAGAACACACAAAUAGUGAUGCCCCCUCUUGUUAGAGGAGCACAGCAAAUCCAUAACAUCAGGCAGCAUUCCAGCACGGGCCCACCUCCUCUACUUCUGGCACCACGGGCAUCUGUUCCCAGCGUGCAGAUUCAGGGUCAGAGAAUUAUACAACAGGGUCUCAUCCGUGUUACCAAUGUCCCCAACACUAGCCUGCUGGUAAAUAUCCCACAGGCCUCACCAACUUCAAUUAAAGGUACAACAGUCACGUCUGCUCAGGGUAAUGCAACUACCACUGGUGUUGCAUCCAUAGUGAAUGCCAGUGAUUCACCAGCCAGCCGGCAAGCUGCUGCAAAGCUUGCCCUACGCAAACAGCUGGAAAAGACGCUGUUAGAGAUUCCCCCUCCUAAACCACCUGCUCCAGAGAUGAAUUUUCUACCCAGUGCAGCCAACAAUGAAUUUAUAUACCUAGUUGGAUUAGAGGAAGUGGUACAGAAUCUCUUAGAAACUCAAGGCAAAACUUCAACUGCAACUUUAUCCCAUGAGCCCUACAUGUGUGCUCAAUGUAAGACUGAUUUUACCUGCCGAUGGCGAGAGGAAAAAAAUGGAACCAUCAUGUGUGAAACUUGUAUGACAUCAAAUCAGAAAAAGGCACUGAAGGCUGAACAUACCAAUCGCCUAAAGGCUGCUUUUGUGAAGGCUUUGCAGCAAGAGCAAGAGAUUGAACAGCGGAUAUUACAACAGACAUCUUCUCCAGUGCAGACCAAGCCAGAGCCAAUGACUCAACAUCAUUCACUGAAACAGACUUCUAGCCAACUGGCCCGAGGCCCCCCAGGGGCUCCCCGAGGAGUCUUACACACAUUUAGCCAGUCACCUAAACUGCAAAAUACUGCAGCUGCUGCAGCACUUGUUACCAGGCCAGGUAAGCAUGCCGAGAGACCUGUCAGCAAGGGCAAUGCUACCACUAACUGGAAGAAGACUCCCAUCAAUACAGGUGGCACUCUUACUUUUGUUAACCCUAGUUUAGCAGUACAUAAAAGUUCUUCGGCAUUAGACCGUCAACGUGAAUAUCUGUUAGACAUGAUUCCACCACGAUCCAUCCCUCAGUCUGCCACAUGGAAAUAAUGCAAAAGCAAAGCCCAAGUGGAAGAUUUCCCUCUGUCUGCCAUCCCUUUUUUAUGCCACAGUACAGUGUGGGACCUGCUUUAGCCCAACAGCUGGAUAUGCCCUCUCCCCUUUUUUGAAGGAAGCAAGAUGACCAAUUCUCAACUUCACAGUGCUACUGCUUUCAUGAUAUGAGAAUAACAGCUGGGUUGUGAAAACAGAACUUUUUGAUACUUUGGCUAGGAAAUUCUCAAGAUUGGCUGGUGGUGAAGGGCAGAAGGGGUGGAAUUAACGUUACUUUGGCUCGGGGGGAAGGUUACUUGGGGGUUUUUUGGUUUUGUUUUUGUCGUUAGUUUCACAUCACCAGCACAAAAUUGGGACUAAAUGGACUUGUUCUGCUUUUGGUUUCUUUCACGUUAGUACCUUGCCAGUCACAAGAACAUGUGAGAUGCACUGGAGACCAAGAAUGCCCUUGUGUGAAUAGUGAAAUCAGAACCAGUGAUUGCAGAUACAGAUGUG